CCCACUCCCUCUUCCCUCAAAAUCCCACUCAAGUCUGACCACCCUAUCUUGGUCUCUAUUGGUUUAACACAAUCUCCCCCAGAAUUGGAGCUGAAGAAAUUUCCCUCGCCCUCCCCACACAUGCACCCCCCAUAGGUCUGGUGGAAGGCUUCAGUUCCCCCCUCCCCAAAAGUGCUCCCCUUAAAAAGGGCGAGGCGUGGGCACAUCUUGCAAACAGGGAGAAAAAUAGGGUGUACACAUACGGAGGUGGAAGCUUGGAGAGCGUUUCUUCCUCCCCACCUGGCCCAAACCUAUUUCUCCACACUCCACCCCCCGCCACCCCACAAGCAGCUGAGGAAAGCCUAGGGGGGUGAGUGUGGGGCUUCCCCAUCCCUCUCACCCCCCCAUCCUGCUGUCCCUGCUUUGAUAAGGGAGAGAGAAGAGUGUGUUGCUGAGGGGGGGCAAGGGGGUGUCUCGCCCACCCCACCUGCUAUGGAGAUGCAGAAGGGGAAAGGGGGCACAGCAACAGCUACAGCAGGUGGAGGAGGAGGAGGGAAAUUGCUGAUCUACACCAGCUUGGAUGCCAAGGAUGAGUUAGAGGAGAGGCUGGAAAGAUGCAUGGGGACCGUAACGUCCCUGACGGGUGGCGUCUCCGAGAGGGAAGCGAACGACGCCCUGAACGCUCACGUUUGCAAAGGUGCCCCCCAGCAUGAGGAGAUAUGCCUGGGGCUCUUCACCCUCAUCCUCCUGGAGCCCACCCAAGCGCAGAAGUGUUACCGGGACCUGGCCCUGGUGAGCCGAGAUGGCAUGAACACGGUGUUGAACAAGAUGAACCAGAUUCUCAUGGAGAAGUACCUGAAGUUGCAGGACACGUGUCGUACUCAGUUUGUUUGGCUGCUGCGGGAGAUGGUGAGGAGCGGCAUCCUUGGCAUCGAUGGGAUCUGCAUGACCUUCAUGAAGCAGAUUGCAGGUGGAGAUGUGACGGCGAAGAACAUCUGGCUGGCAGAGAAUAUCCUGGACAUGCUUACAGAGCAGAGGGAGUGGGUGCUGAAGAGCGCCAUGCUGAUCGCCAUGUCCGUGUACACCUACCUGCGCCUCAUCGUCGACCACCACGGCUCCCCCCCGCUGCAGGCGCUGCGGCAGAAGGAGGUGGAUUUUUGCAUCUCUCUGCUCCGUGACCGGUUUAUGGAUUGCUUCAUGAUUGGCCGAGAUUUAGUGAGGCUCCUGCAGAACGUUGCUAGGAUACCUGAGUUUGAGCAGCUCUGGAAGGACAUUAUCCACAACCCACAGGCUCUGAGCCCGCAGUUCACAGGUGUGUUGCAACUUCUGCAGUCUCGGACUUCACGCAAGUUCCUGGCCUGCCGCCUCACACCAGACAUGGAGACCAAGCUGCUCUUCAUGACAUCUCGGGUGCGCUUUGGCCAGCAGAAACGUUACCAGGACUGGUUCCAGCGGCAGUACCUGUCCACCCCCGACAGCCAGUCCCUGCGCUGCGACCUCAUCCGGUACAUCUGUGGGGUGGUCCACCCCUCCAACGAGGUGCUGAGCUCCGACAUCCUCCCUCGCUGGGCCAUCAUUGGCUGGCUCCUCACCACCUGCACGUCCAACGUCGCUGCUUCAAAUGCCAAGCUGGCCUUGUUUUACGACUGGCUUUUCUUCAACCCGGAAAAAGACAGCAUCAUGAACAUCGAACCCGCCAUCCUUGUCAUGCAUCAUUCCAUGAAACCACACCCAGCCAUCACUGCCACCCUGCUGGACUUCAUGUGCCGGAUCAUUCCUAACUUCUAUCCUGCUUUGGAGGCCCACGUGCGGCAAGGCGUCUUCAACUCCCUCACCCACAUCGUGGAGAAGCGAGUCCUGGCGCACCUGGCUCCUCUCUUCGACAACCCCAAGCUGGACAAGGAGCUCCGGGCCAUGCUGAGAGAGAAAUUUCCGGAGUUUUGCAGUUCUCCCUCACCCCCUGUUGAAGUCAAAAUUGAGGAGCCUGUUUCCAUGGAGAUGGACAAUCACAUGUCCGACAAGGAUGACGGUUGCUACGACAAUGCCGAGGCCGCUUUCAGUGAUGACGAAGAGGACUUGAACAGCAAAGGGAAAAAGCGGGAAUUCCGGUUCCAUCCCAUCAAGGAAGCUGUUGUCGAAGAGCCGGUUGAUAUCACCCCCUUCCUGGACCAGCUGGAUGAGUCUCUGAAGGAUAAAGUCCUGCUCCUGCAGAAGGGGAGUGAUACAGAAGCUCAGUGUGAAGUCAUGCAGGAAAUCGUGGACCAAGUGCUGGAGGAGGACUUCGACCAGGAGCAGCUGUCAGUCCUGGCUUCGUGCUUGCAGGAGCUCUUCAAGGUCCACUUCCGUGGGGAGGUCCUGCCGGAGGAAAUUACGGAAGAGUCUCUAGAGGAAUCCGUGGGGAAGCCGCUUUACCUAAUAUUUAGGAACCUCUGCCAGAUGCAGGAGGACAACAGCAGCUUCUCCGUGCUACUGGAUCUCUUGUCUGAGCUCUACCAGAAACAGCCCAAGAUCGGCUACCACCUUCUCUAUUACCUGAAGGCCAGCAAAGCGGCGGCUGGGAAGAUGAACCUGUACGAGUCCUUUGCCCAGGCCACCCAGCUGGGCGACCUGCACACCUGCCUGAUGAUGGACAUGAAAGCUUGCCAGGAGGACGACGUCCGGCUCCUCUGCUACCUCACGCCCUCCAUCUACACCGAGUUUCCAGAUGAGACCCUGCGGAGCGGGGAGCUGUUGAACAUGAUCGUGGCUGUCAUCGACUCAGCUCAGCUGCAGGAGCUGGUGUGCCAUGUCAUGAUGGGAGACUUGGUGAUGUUCCGGAAGGACUCGGUCCUGAACAUUCUGAUCCAGAGCUUGGAGUGGGAGACCUUUGAGCAGUACUGCACAUGGCAGCUCUUCCUGGCACACAACAUCCCCCUGGAGACCAUCAUACCCAUCCUUCAGCACCUCAAGUAUAAAGAACACCCGGAGGCGCUUUCGUGCUUAUUGCUCCAGCUGAGACGAGAGAAGCCAAGCGAAGAGAUGGUCAAGAUGGUCCUGAGCCGGCCCUGCCACCCUGACGACCAGUUCACCACCAGCAUCCUCCGGCACUGGUGCAUCAAGCACGACGACCCCUUGGCCGAGCACAUCAAGUCCCUCCUCAUCAAGAACAACAGCCUGCCCCGGAAGCGCCAAAGCCUGCGCAGUUCCAGCAGCAAACUUGCCCAGCUGACCUUGGAGCAGAUCCUGGAACACCUGGAUAACCUGCGCCUGAACCUCACCAACACCAAACAGAACUUUUUCAGCCAAACCCCAAUCCUUCAGGCUCUGCAGCAUGUCCAGGCCAGCUGUGACGAAGCCCACAAGAUGAAGUUCAGCGACCUCUUCUCCCUGGCCGAGGAGUAUGAAGACUCCUCUAGCAAGCCCCCCAAGAGCCGCCGGAAAGCCACCAUCUCCAGCCCCCGCAGCCGCAAGAACGCAGCCCAGCCGGCCAACAACGAAGAGGAGUCCGCCUCCAGCAGUGCCUCGGAGGAGGAAGACACCAAACCCAAACCCACGAAGCGGAAGCGGAAAGGUUCCUCAGCCGUUGGCUCGGACAGUGACUGAGGGGGGGGGUGCGGGGGCCCCAGCAGCACCGUGUGCCCCUCCUGGCACCGAUGUGGCUUGUUGGUGGUGGCUCCUGGCGCACCCCACCUGACCAGUCCCAGAGCAAUUGGCCAGACGUUAUCGGCAGCAGGACAAUGUUCUCGAGAGACGCGUUUCUGGGACCCAGUUGCUCGGACAGCCGCUUUCCAAAGCAGCAGCAGCAGCAGCAGCGCCACCUUUGCCUCCAUGCCAUGCCUGCCCCCAGCCUCUCCCCGCCCUCGUCGCUUCCCCCGGGAGGUGGGGGCGGGGGGAGGAUUCCUCACCCCCCGCGGGGGCCCUCGGCAAACGCAGCUCAGCGCCGUCCGGGGGGCUGCCGUGAGAAGUGGCGUCGGGCGCUCGAGGGAGGCUGCCUUGGCUCCCCGUCUCCUUUCCUGACUGUAAAUAAACCGUGUCCACUCGGCAUGCUGUUCCAUCAGUGCUUCUGGCAAGGGUGGCCUCGGAGCAGAGCUGGUGUGUGUGUCGGGGAGAGUGAACUGUGGGUGGGGGCUCACCUCGGGGGGUUGGGGUUCCCCUGCCAGGCCCCUCUCUUCCUGGCGUUCCAGUCGCUCUCUGCAGCACGCAAUAACCAUUUCCGGGCCUUUCCUGUUCCCCCCACUGCCCUCUUCCCACAAAAAGGGUGACGAUCCUCGCCGGUUUUUCCCUUCCUGCAGAGAGCAUUCCAUUUCUGAGCUUCGGACACGCCUGCCCGCCCCACACCCACCGUAGGGGCCGGGGCAGGGGGCCUCAGCUUUCUGAGGGACUCUUUGCCCCCUCCGUGUACAGCCAUGGCCGGAAAGGUUGGCCCCCCCGUCCUGAGCCCUGCCUAAAACAACCCAGCCAUGCAAACACCAACCGGGCUCUUGGCCCCAGCCACCCACAAACCCUCCUCCCAGCUGGCUUUGCAGAGCAGCAGCCCCGCUUCCCACACCCCUGCUUGGAGGAGCUCACCUGGGGCUUGUGAGGAGAACAACCAAGACAGCAUCAGACGAGAAAAAUGCAGAUGGUAGUUAUAUUUUUAAUUCCCCAUCUACCCCCUGAGAGAUUAUCAUUUUUAAGUGGUUUUUAAAAGACACAAUAAAAAACUGGCGACAUGUUUUUGUACAAGUCAA